AUGGUAAUAAACUUAUGCCGUGUCAUAAUCGGUUCACCGGAAGAUCGCUGGUAUUGGUUCAGCUUUUUCUUGCUAAUAGCCAUAUAUCCAACCGCUUUAGUUGGGAGCAUAAUAGACUUGGGCCGUCAAUUCUAUCCCAGCGACGAAUGGAACAAUCAUCUUUUCAAGAUAGCAGCUGGCACACUUGCAUCGUUUGAUUUAGCCAAUCUGAUCUUUGCUGGUUUGACAGCUAGAAACAGUCUAUCGGUUCCGUUUAUAUAUGCAGCAACAAUCAAGAUGGUGGAUGUCUGUGCCGGUGUGCUUGCAUUUGUAUAUGCAUUUUUCCCCGUAAUGACGAUUCGUACACAAAACAACAAGCGCCGAGUAAACGCCUCAACUGCUGCUGUUGGAGUAUGGUAUACGGCUGUAAUAGGCACAAUGGCUUUGGUAUACAUAGUUGUCUUCAGUGUUAUCCUUGCUCUUGGAGGGCCGGAAGGAAAGACAUGGUACGUUGGAUUUGCAUUUGAUAGCAUCAUACGGAGCAUAACAACACUCGCAGUAGCGCUACCACCGCCAAAAACAGUUAUUCCUGCACUGAAAAAUAGAAUAUUCGGCAGAGGAAUGAUGAGUUUAGCUAUUAGAGAGAGGGGAGUCGUCAGCACGGGCAUCAUCGUCGAGAUGUAA